AUGCCAGCACGUGCCGCCACAUCUUCGGGAAACAACAAUAGCAAUCGCAAGCACAUUGAUGUUUGGGAUGUCGGAAGAAUGCUUAAAUUCAUUGAACAAGAAUCAGAACAAAAAGCCCAUGAAAUUCGUAUCAAAGCCAAUGAAGAAUAUUCAAUCGAAAUAGCCGAACUAGCAAUUCAAAGUAGUGAACGAGUCAAACAACAGAAGUCUGAUGAAAUGGCUAAGAUUAAGGCCGAAAAAACCAUUGCAGAAGGAAAACUAAGAUCUAAUGCUAUUUUAACCUUAUCUUCAGCUAAAGAAAAGGUCUGUUCUCAAAUCAUGAAAGAAGUUUGUGGUUUACUAUCUAAUCGAUCCUUAUCUAAAAAACUAGCCACUGCUGCUAUCUCUAAAUUCAAAACAAUUCUGCCUGAUGAACAUAUGGUGAUUUAUGUGCCUGAAAAGGACAAAGCUUUACUCUCUUCUUUACUUAGUCCUAGUGAGUUUACCUUUGAGCCAAUGCAUCCUAAUUUACUUGGUGGUAUUGUUAUUCGUAAUACUAGUCGGACUGUGCUUAUCAAUAGUAGCUUCCUUGAGCGCGCCGCUAAGAUAGAAAAGCGCGUUAUGCCAGGUCUUCAGGCUGCUCUCUUUCGAUAA